AUGCAUAUCAUAGAGUUACAAGCUAACAUGGCGCUGAACCAGGCUCACGCCCUACAAAACGACAAACAUUUGUGUAAAGAACACCCGGAAGUUCAGCUUCAGAUGAUUUGUAUGAAGUGUAAAAAUGAACCAGUCUGCCACAAGUGUGUGUCUAAUUCUCAUCGUGGUCAUGAUUGUGUUGACGCGGACCUAUUUCUGAAGGAAAAACAAGAUGAGUUAGAAGAAGCACUGGAAAAGGCGGCAGCGAAGCUAGAAGAUGUAGAUGCUGAGUUAGGUGGUUUGAGAAUAAAAGAGGACCGUGUGCAGAAACAGUGUAACACUGUUGAGGGAAGAAUUGGUGCCCGACAAAAACAAGUAAAAGAUUUUGUUGAUGGGGUCGCUGGCAAACUGAUAAGAGAGACACACGAAUUCUAUAAUGAAGAAGUUGAAGUUAUCUCCCAACACGAGGAGAAACUAAGCAGACUCAAGGCUGAGCUUGAAAAACGACUUCUAACAUAUCAGGAAUGGCUUAGCUCUUCUGAUGUUGAAAUGGUGAUGAAGAAACAUAAAGCUCUGAAAAAACUGUUAAGAAGAAAAGUGUAUUCUGUUCCUUUAAAAACAAAAUUAGAGUUUCCGUUCAACGAUCGAGCUGACACAACAAUGCAACUGGAAACUAUAUUUGGGAAAAUCACAACAGAGUCCAGAAAGGAAGAACAGCUCCAGCUCAAAGAUACUGGAGAAAAAAAGGUUCGUGAGAUAAAUGUUAUAUCUGAGUUCUCAAGUGGGGCUCCGGAUGUGUACGCCAUGAGUUCAUCAGAAGGGGCGGAAGUUUGGAUGUCGUCCGUAUUUAGUCGACAGGUACGCCUCAUGUCUGACAAGGGCCGCUUGGUAAAGACCUUGAAGGUCGACUUCCCGAUUUGUGACGUGAGCUGUGAUUGCGAGGGGGAGCGCCCGACAAUUUGGCUGAGUUGUACAAACAACACCAUUAAGAACUUCCUCACAAACGACCCUAUGACAUUUGCAACAACGAAUACUACACCCUACUCGAUUACCUCAUCAAAUCAUCUAAUUGCAGGUCUUCGUUCAGGACAGCUCGUCAAGUUCUCCAAAGCUAUUUCGGAGAUAGUCGACGUAGCCCAAUGUGACAGGUCUGGAGAGAAGCUGGUGUCACUUCCACACAGAAUAGCUGAGAGUCCACUCACUGGAGACAUUGCAAUUGUCAACUGGGAUGCUAAUCCUAACAGCAUUGUGGUUUUGGACAAACAUUUAAACUUGAAAUUCAGACAUUACGGGAGCAUCGUCACUUUUGGGGUUGGAGAAUACAAACGACCAGAGGAAGCCGGUGACCCAGGUGUUAGUUCAUUUUUCCACCCACAGGAUGUAUGUUAUGACAAGGACGACAACUUAGUGGUAGCAGACGAAUCUUGUGUGUUUGUAAUGGACAGCCAAACAGGCAAGGUCAUCGGUAAAGUAUUGGUUGGUGACGUCAAAAUCACAGCUAUGACGUCAGAUAAAGCGGGCAACAUGUGGGUCGGGUUCUCAAACGGAAAGGUGAAAAUUAUUCGAUAUGUAAUUUCUUAA